AUUCGUCACGUCAUUUUAGUGCGACUGUUGGACUCGGUUUAUGAAGGACACGAAAGUGGUUUGGAAUCAUGAAACGCAUGUGGUACAUUAGCCCAGUUUAAACUGAUUAUAUCUGUAGCUAACGGGCAGAUAACCCACCGAUAUAGCGAGAAUUUUACUUGCUGCCGGUGGCCACCCUAUUUGUUUACAUGCAUGGGGAUACAGGAAGCGACCGAGCUGUCACCGACUGCUAGCUCAGCUAGCUAGCUAACCAGUCAGGGUUUCGUUGUAAAACAGUUGUUGACCUUGCAUUUGGUAAGAUGGCUAAUAGGACUUUGAUAAUAUGAAUGAGAUCAAAUUUAGCAAAUAUGUCAAUUAUCUGAAGGUUGUUCUCGCGUUAAGGUAUCUGGUACAAUCAGCUGUCUAUCAAAUCUAGCUAGUCUGACUUGAUCAGCUGCAUCAGCAUCUUGCUCUGCCACAGACUGAAUGAUCACAACACAGCCACCAGAUAGACAAUCUGUUUGUUAAUGUAGCCUGGAUGUUUGCUUUUCAAGUUGUGAUGUUUAGUGAACAUGUCUGUGACACAAGCACAGCUUAUCAUUGCCCUUGGAGCCGACCCUGAAAGAGAUGUUACACAGAUGUAGGUACAUUUUAUCACUGAAUCAAGAGAAUGGCAACGGAGGCAGCAGUGUCCACACCCCGUCGGCCUCAGAUCCCUAACUCUGCUCAGAGAGACUACUACUGGGUCCGCUCCUUUGUAGCUGGAGGGGUUGCAGGAUGCUGUGCCAAAUCGACUAUUGCUCCCCUGGACAGAGUCAAGAUUUUACUACAGGCUCAUAACCCCCACUAUAAAGACCUUGGAGUGGUCGCUACACUCCGAGCUGUGCCAAAAAAAGAGGGCUACCUGGGCCUGUACAAAGGCAAUGGAGCUAUGAUGGUUAGGAUAUUCCCAUAUGGAGCCAUUCAGUUUAUGGCCUUUGACAACUACAAAAAGUGGCUCAGUAAACAGUUGGGGAUCUCUGGACACAUCCACCGGCUCAUGGCAGGAUCCAUGGCAGGUAUGACCGCAGUGAUCUGCACUUACCCUCUCGAUGUGAUCCGCGCCAGGCUAGCGUUCCAGGUGAAAGGGCAUCACCGCUAUACGGGCAUUGGCAAUGCCUUUCAGACCAUAUACCUGAAGGAAGGGGGCAUCCCUGGGUUCUACAGAGGACUGAUCCCCACCCUCAUAGGCAUGGCUCCAUACGCAGGCUUUUCGUUCUUUACAUUUGGAACUCUAAAGAGCCUGGGUCUGGCCCACUUCCCAGAGCUACUGGGCCGGCCAUCUUCAGACAACCCUGAGGUCUUGGUUCUGAAGACCCACGUCAACCUUCUGUGUGGAGGUGUGGCCGGGGCCAUCGCUCAAACCAUAUCUUACCCUCUUGACGUUGCCAGGAGAAGGAUGCAGUUAGGAACAGUGCUUCCUGACUCCGAGAAAUGUCGCACUCUGAUCAAGACUCUUAAGUAUGUGCACCAGAAAUAUGGGGUCAAGAAGGGUCUUUACCGAGGCUUGUCUCUCAACUACAUCCGCUGUGUGCCCUCUCAGGCUGUAGCCUUCACCACCUAUGAGUUUAUGAAGCAGGUUCUCCACCUCAACUAGCCCAGUCCUCCAUCCCCACAGCUCCAUACAGCUUACCAUCGUUCCUUAGACCCAUAGCUCUACUGUGCUGAGGGUCCCAGCCUACUAUCCACCUCCAGUGUCCUUGCUUUGGGGAGCUUUGGCCUUUGUGACUCCACUUCUCUGAGAAAAAUCUUUUUCAACUGCCCAGCCUGUGGUUUGGCUUCACACAACCACCACUGCCACUGUCCCCAUGGAUACACGGGGCAAUGGCAUUUCCUGCUCAGGGGGGGUGGAUUGAAGACAUUCUGUGUUCCCUGACAGUGUUUUGGCCAAUGCCACAACUUGAUUAUGUAAUCUACCCAGCCUCUGGAUCCUACCUGCCAAUGGCAGUAGAGAUCACACUGGCCAAUCUGCCUUAAGCACCCAGCAGUGUCAUAGAGAAAUGGGACCUAACCCAGGCUUAAUCACCUUUACCUCAUAUCAGUUAUGAAACUGAUGUUGAAGGUCAAUGUCUUGUCUAUUGUUUAAUAACUAGACAUUAGAAUUCUUAUUUUCCAAAAUGUAAUGCUUACUUCUUGAUGUUUUAACAAAAGUAGCAUUUAAGAGUAGCCCUUAAGAGUUCUAUCAUGGGGUAUCAUUGUAUAUUUCAGGUAAUUGUGUGUCUUACUGUGGUGUAAGUUUGGGGUCCAAUGCCUAUUAGAUGAACCAAUGUCUGUGUGUUAUCUACUCUUUGUCUGAACGCCUAACUGUAGAAGGAUGUCACACAUUUACUGCAAUGUGAACGACUCUUCAUUAUGGGAGUUUCCUGGUUGCUGGCUGGCUGGUUACAGCUCUUGCCAAUACAAUGUUAUCAUUAGCAUGAUUUGGGGUUUGGUUCCCAGGCAACUGAGAGGAGGAUCUGAAAGUCAGGGAAAGAUAAGGUUUCCUGCGGUAAGAGGUAUGGAAAUGUAGUUUUACAUUAGGCCUAACUGUAUGAUGAUUCUGCUGUAAUGGUGUGUACAUUAUGUAGAUCUGUACAUUAUGACAGUGCUUGUGUAGCUUACAAGUCUAUCGUCCAUUCAGGUAAAGGUGUGACAUGUAACAGUUUUUUUUUGUUUGUUUUUUUGAGACCGGAACAAGUUAAUCAGAAAUAGGAUGUAAGUGUUAAGAAGUUGUUCCAGUCUAAAAAUGACUAAUUUAACCUGGAGGAAUUUGCACUUACAAACUUUUGCUUAUUUAUUGAUGAAAAAUUUGAAUGUAUUUGAUUUGUCCACUGGUUGGCAGUAGUGCGUCAAAUGUGUCACGUUUACGCCACAGUAUCAUACAUCUAAACUGGAUAUGGAUCACUGUACUGAAGUCUUGAUGUCAGUACACUUAUAAUCACUCAUCUGACCGUACGUAACAAUGUGUAUAAGCAGUAGCACAGACAUUUCCUUCACUGUCUGCCUGUGUACUUCACUUGAUUGUGAAGCAGUUUUUUUAGCCAAAGAAAGAUAUUAGAUACCAUUUGCACAUCAGUCUCUGCAGAGUUGAGUCUUGUUGCCUUUCAUACUCCUUAGUCCUGUACCACAUAGGCUGUGCUUUUCCUGUUUAGCACUGUUUCUAUCAGCAAAGGGGGACAGCAUACAAGGAGAAGAAUACACUCCACAAUGUUCGGAAUUUAGGCAAGAACUGGAGAUUAGCAGCAGUUGACACAAACCAAAAUUGAUAUUUUGGUUUAAACCUCAGUCAAGUACAUAACAUUACAUUGUGUAUGUGAUCAUCUUGACAGGGAUUUUUGGAACAGUGACGCACAGUGCCAAGGAGAUGAUGUUUACCGUUGCACGCUCUUUCUCUCAACUUUGCCUCUUAUAUUUGUAUACCGGUACUCAUCUGCUGUACUUUCAUGUUCUUGUUUUGUUUUGACUAUCUUAAAACUAUUGUUUUAAGUGGAUACAAACCAAGCUUGUGUUCAGAAAGUAUGAACAUAAAAGUGUCAUUUAACAUAAUUAGAUACUUCUGGAUCUCAACCCAACUGCAUUUUCAGUUUCUGUUGUAGUGGAUGCUAUUGAUAUAACUGAGAGAGAUAUUUCAUUAUACAUUUUAUUAAAUGUAUUUCUUUGGCCCUACAUUGAUGCUGUAACACAAAAAGAUCAAAUAUUCAUGCUGCUAAUUGUAACCCGAAAGUGGAUAUCAAGUAUCCUACUUCAAGGUCUAUUUACCAUGUAACCAUGAAUUGUUAUAGUCAAUAUGUUUGUCAGGAAGGAAAGUUUUCAAUUUUUCUGAAAAGGGAAAUUAUUUUUAGUUAUGGGAACUACUGACAAAGUAAAGGCCUUUCUGUUUAACAAUGUUUUUUUUUCCUUUGAUUUAAAAUAUAUUUUUGGCCUUCUGUCCUUUUAUAAAUUGUACAAAUCUGAAUUCUAAAAAAUUAUAUUAAAUAUUUCCCUAUCAUUCAUUCACA